AUGUCAGAAGGCAAAGAACCGAACCUGAGCGGAAACCUUUCCGGAGUCGCCAAGCUUGAAUCCUCUGAAGGCUGGAUCAACUGGAACGAGGAAAUCCGAGACCUACUGGCCCUGUCCGGCUACGACGAUCUCCUGGAAAGAAAACGGGACCCACCGGUACAAGGCAAUCUCUCAGAAGUUGACUUCGAAGAAAAGCUAGAUGCUUGGCACCAGAGACAAGCACGAGCGUGUGGAGCAGUUCGAUAUCGACUUGGUUUCCGUCCCAAACAGGAAGUCCAAGGUCUCAACAAAUUAACGGACAUCCUCAAAACACUGGAAGAACACUUCAAACCCAAGGGUAGCAGUGUAUUCCACGACCUCCAGCAAAAGUUUGGUCGACUUACUCUAGACAACUGCGAAGGUGUAUCCGACUUUUCUCGACAAUUACGGAAGACCCGAGACCAAAUCCUUCAACUAGAUGAAACCAGUCAGAUUGGAGAACCACAACUGAUGGACAAGUUCCUCAAUGGACUUGGACCCAAGUAUCAAGUGUUCCUCACUGCAUUCCUUCAAAGCCAUAGCUUGCUACCUGAACGGAACCUCGAAGGCAUCAUCAUCAAGGCAGCCACUACUAUCGAAGAAGCUACUAGAGCUGCUGAGCAGGAGGAACAU